AUGGCCGGAUUAAAUUUUGACAACUACCAAAGGAAUCAUUUCCUCACCACCAAGGGGUUUGCGCAACCAAAAGCUACAUCUACAGGAACUACGAUUGUUGGGUGUCAAUUCAAAAAUGGAGUAGUGAUAGCAGCAGACACGCGAGCCACUGCGGGUCCCAUCGUGGCCGACAAGAACUGUGAAAAGUUGCAUAGAUUGGCUCCACGAAUCUGGUGUGCAGGUGCUGGUACAGCUGCAGACACAGAGAUGGUGACACAACUCAUUGCCUCGAAUUUGGAGUUGCAUGCAUUGUCGCAGAAUAGACAGCCACGUGUUAUCACUGCCGUUACAAUGUUGAAGCAACAUUUGUUCAAGUACCAGGGACAUUUGGGUGCUUACUUGAUUGUUGCCGGUGUGGACCCUACUGGUGCCCAUUUGUUAUCAGUCCAAGCACAUGGUUCGACAGAUGUAGGAAAGUACCAGAGUUUAGGUUCGGGUUCUUUGGCAGCCAUGGCUGUUUUGGAGACCAAGUUUAAAGAGGAUAUGACAAAGGAAGAGGCCAUUGCUUUGUGUGCCGAGGCAAUUGAAGCAGGUAUCUGGAAUGACUUGGGAUCGGGAUCCAAUGUCGAUGUAUGUGUUAUGGAAGUUGGCAAGGAUGCGCAAUUAUUGAGAAACUACAUAACACCAAAUGUAAGGAUAAAGAAAUGCAGGGACUACAAGUUCCCACUUGGCACCACUGCUGUCUUGGGUCAAAAAGUGCGUGAUAUUUGUGAUAUUGAAGAGACUGUGGUGACAUUUGACGAAGGUGAAGAUAAAAUGGAGGUAGAUGCAACAGCUUGA